AAUAACUUCGCCAUGAAGGGGAAGAGGAAAACCCUGAAUGCUGGGGACGUGCUCUCUGCCAUGGAGGAGAUGGAGUUCCAGAGAUUUGUGGCCCCUCUGAAGGAAUCCCUAGAAGCAUCCUACACUGCAGUUUGCCUGGGGAAUAACUAAUGUGCAUCUUAACGGGACUGGGAUAACAUUAUUGCACAACUGAUGAGGAUUGAGAAAGUCUCAUCUGCUCUCACUCCCCUAUUAUGUUUAUCUAAGGAAAGCCGUAGGUGCUGCCUGUAAAUGUGACCUCCUGCGUCCUUUUCAGCAUUUUUCUGCUGAAAUUUAACCUGAUUUCCUAUGGAGCUGCUCAGCACAGCUCAGCUCGUAGGUUUACAGGCGUGAGCAGAAAGGAAAGAAAGAGGCCAGGAAAGAUAAAGACAAGAAGGCAGACUCAGAGGAGCAAGAUAAGAGCCGAGAGGAGGACAAUGAUGAUGAUGAUGAAAGGAUGGAGGAAGAAGAACAAAACGAUGAGGAAGAGGUGGACAACUGAGCUCGCUGAGUCUCCUUCCCUGAGAGCAGAGUGCACCAUGCAGGCAGACUCCAUUCUCCACAGUGGCUACUUCCACCCUGUGCUGCGCUCCUGGCAGUGCAUGGCCACCACCUUCGAUGCCUCCAACCUCAUCUACCCCAUUUUUGUCAUUGACAGCCCUGAUGCCGUGGAGCCAAUUCCCAGCCUUCCUGGACAAGCCAGGUAUGGAGUGAACAAGCUGGAGGGGAUGCUGCAGCCCCUUGUUGAAGAUGGCCUCAAGUGUGUGCUCAUCUUUGGGGUGCCCAGCAAGGUCCACAAGGAUGAGAGAGGCUCUGCUGCUGAUGCCGAGGGCACUCCUGCCAUCCAGGCCAUCAGGAAGAUCCACUCCACUUUCCCGGAGCUGCUGAUUGCCUGUGAUGUCUGCCUGUGCCCUUACACCUCGCACGGGCACUGUGGCAUCCUGCGUGAAGAUGGCACCAUCCAGAACGAGCUCAGCUGCCAGCGGCUGGCGGAGGUGGCACUGGCUUAUGCCAAAGCAGGCUGCCACAUUGUGGCUCCCUCGGACAUGAUGGACGGGCGCAUUGCAGCCAUCAAGCAAGCGCUGAUCUCCAACGACCUGGGCAACAAGGUCUCAGUGAUGAGCUACAGCGCCAAGUUUGCUUCAUGCUUCUACGGCCCUUUCAGGGACGCAGCACUGUCCAAACCUGCCUUCGGGGACCGGCGCUGCUACCAGCUGCCCCCGGGCGCCCGGGGCCUGGCCGUGCGCGCUGUGGACCGGGACGUGAGGGAGGGCGCGGACAUGCUGAUGGUGAAGCCGGGGAUGCCCUACCUGGACCUGGUCAGGGACGUCAAGGCUCGGCACCCCACGCACCCGCUGGCCGUGUACCACGUGUCGGGGGAGUUCGCCAUGCUCUGGCACGGCGCGCAGGCCGGCGCCUUCAGCCUGGAGGCGGCCGUGCAGGAGGCGAUCACGGCCUUCAGGCGUGCAGGGGCCGAUAUCAUCAUCACCUACUUCACCCCGCAGCUGCUGCGCUGGCUGCGGGAGGCGGCGGGCCGGCACUGAGCGCGGCCAGUGCGGCUGGGGCGGGAUCUCCGGGGGGG